GGUGGGGGUAAACGAAAGCAUGAGACACAGCGAGUUAGGAGCGGGAGCCAGAGAGACUGAGGCGAGGGUCUGUACAAGCAUGCCUUUUAUAUUUACUAGUGACUGAGAGCGAGCGAGAGCGAGAGAGAGAGAGAGACAGAGAGGGAACAGCUGAAGGCAGGGACAACUGGUGUGCACGGCUUUCCCAAGAGGAAAUGAAAAGAAAGAAGCUCAGCGAGGGGAGUGAAUGAGGGAGAGAGGAAGGGUAGGCGGGAGCAUGCCGGCUGGAGAGAGAGAAAGACGUAGUGAGGGAGAGAGAGCGAGAAAGAGAUUCUCACACUGGCUGUGUCCUAAUCCGAGUCCAUCUCCAAGAAGCAGCGGAGCAGAGUGUUGGUGAACUCGAGGUGGUGUGGUGGGGGGGCACCGCCAGGGCAGAGCAGAGGCUCCGGAGAGGGGGAGAAGAAGAAGAAGAAGAAGAAGAGGAGGAACAGGAGAAGGAAGACAAAGUGGAUCAGAUCAACAGCAGCAGACUGGAAACGCUUGAAAUGCCUGUCAGGUCUGAGUCCGUCACAUCCUCAACCAAUCAGAGCCUUCGUUAACAGCAGCGUCGGCACGUGAUUGGGGGAAGGAUGGCAACCAUGCCGUUUGUCAGUGAGGGGAAGUGUGUGAGUGUGGAGUGGGAUUUCCUACAAGGACUACUGGCCAAACCUCCCACCCUUCCCUGUCUCCAGAACCUGCGUAAAGAGAAGUCUCGCAAUGCGGCUCGUUCACGACGAGGGAAGGAGAAUUUCGAGUUCUUUGAGUUGGCCAAGAUGCUGCCUCUGCCGGGGGCCAUCACCAGCCAGCUGGACAAGGCCUCAGUCAUCCGGCUGACCAUCAGCUACCUGCACAUGCGAGCCUUUGCCAGCCAGGGAGACCCGCCCUGGAGCCCUCUGAUGGAGGGAGACAGCAACUGCAGCAAAGUAAGACGAUCAUCUCAUUCUCUGGCCACUGACAUGUUUGAGCAGCACCUAGGGGCGCACCUCCUGCAGUCUCUCGAUGGCUUUGUGUUCGUGGUCAGUCAGGAGGGACGUUUUCUCUACAUUUCAGAGACAGUUUCUAUCUACCUGGGACUCUCACAGGUGGAGCUGACCGGCAGCAGUGUGUUUGACUACAUCCACCCGGCGGACCACGUCGAGAUGGCUGAGCGGCUGGGAAUUAGGCCGCAUCUGAGGGCCGAGGCCGGCUGCCACACGGGCCUCGAGAGCGCUUCCAGCUCUGCAUCCACCUCCUCCCUUGCUGGUACCCCUGAACCCGCUCCAUCUAGUCCUCAUUCUCCUGCUGAUGAUACACCCGACCGCGGCUACUUCAUCCGCAUGAAGUCCACUCUCACCAAAAGAGGCCUGCACGUCAAGUCAUCUGGAUACAAGGUAAUCCAUGUGACGGGACGAAUCCGCUGCCGCCCUGCACUCGUGCCAGGCUCUGCACGCACAGUGCGUCGACCCAUGGGUUUAGUCGCACUGGCACACACCCUUCCACCCUCCACGCUUAAUGAAGUCCGCAUGGAGAGCCAAAUGUUUGUCUUCCGUGUGAACAUGGACCUACAGGUCACGUAUUGUGAAAACAGGAUCUCAGAGUACAUGGAUCUGACCCCAACAGAGGUGGUGGGACACACCUGUUACCACUUCAUCCAUGUAGAAGACCUGGAAAAUAUCCGGCAGAGCCAUGAGGACUUGCUGAGGAAAGGUCAGGUGGUGACUGGUUACUACCGUUGGCUCCAGAGGAGAGGAGGCUACCUAUGGAUCCAGUCCAGUGCAACCGUCUCCAUCAACCACAAAGCUCCACAUGAACGCAACGUCAUCUGGGUCAACUACAUCCUGAGUCGGACAGAGAUGCCUGACACUCCCCUGGAUAUACUGCAGUUACCAGAGAAUGUAAGAGCAGAGCGACUUCGAGUAAGCUCGCCUCCCACCAACAGCUCCGCGCCGGCCCGAGGCACGCAGCCAUUGAAGAGCUCAGUGGGGAAAAGUGACCUUGACACUAAAGGCGGAGAGAAAUUCGCCACCGCUGCCAUCCAAUCAGAAGACAGGAGGAAGCGGCUGCUGAGGUCCGACCCCGAGGGUGCUCCUCCCGAAAGCCGUCGCAGACUGGAGGAGCUCCGUCACGCAGAGGAGAGUGUAUCGGCGUCCUCUGACCUGGCGAGCGAAAGCGAGGGGGAGGAGGAGGAAGAGACAGAGUGGGACCAGGGGGGAGACAGUGAAAGACUGAAACAGGAAGACACUGGAGGAGGUAAACAGAGUAGGGGAGGAGAGACCCCCACUAGAGGGGAGAGGGUGCACAACGGCCGGGCUGUGAUCCAGCAGCUGAAGAGCGUAGUGACCCCGUCUCCCCUGGCUUGCAGCCCCAGCAUCAAGACUGAACACGAAGCCCUGACCACCGGGGGGCGCUGGGGGUCACACACACAAACCUCCACCUCCCACACACACACCACCCAGCCCCAACCCUCACAUGCACACACACCCUCCAGUAGCCUCAACGGUGACAGCCCCACCACCCCAAUCCCCGACUCUUCUUCCAGCAGUGAGGCCCCCUCAAAAGGGUUGUUCACUCCCCCGUCCCCGGCUCUUUCCCCCGCCAUGUCCGUGUCUUCCCCGUUGCCCCGUGAGGACAGGGUUGUUUCAGGGGUAGUCAGUCGGAGCAGUGGCGGUGCAGGUAGCACUCCUGACUUUGAGCUGCUCCAGAGACUGGCUGCAGGCGGCGCGGCGGGGCGGGUCCUCUUCCACCCCCUCGCCCUCGGCCCGCAGGGCCCUCAGAGCCUCUACGCUCCCAGUACUAUCCGCUACGCUCCACCUGAGCUGCCCCCCUCCCACCACCACGGCUUAGAACACAGCGAUGGCCUGCAGCUACGCUCGGACCACCACAAGGGACCCCCGCCAGCCUUCUUCCCUCACCUACAGCGGUUGGCUGGCUUGCCACCCUUCAGUGGUUUCUCCCCGUCUGACAGCCCUUUCUCCUCCGGCCUGCCCUUCUGUAUGAAUGGACUGAGGGGGGCUGCUGGCUCCGAGGAGGACUGAGACUCAGACAGGAGGAGGUGAGAGGAGAAGAUAAAAAUGAAGGCCGGAGCAGAGAGACAGACCAGAAAGAGAGACAUUGUAAAGGGUAGGAGGGACAGAAGUGGCAGGACAUUAAGCCUCUGAGGACAUUACUAAUUGGACAAUGAGUUGAAUAACUGCGAUUUAAAAUAUGUGACAAGUUGCUGCCAUAGGGAAUUAUUGUGUCCGCCCGUUGUGGACAAGUGACAGUGACUUUCAGAGAAAACAGGACAUGGAAACAUUUUUGACUGGUUGUCCCUCAAGACUUUUCGUCCCAACAAUUUUGAACUCCGCUCUGUGUCUUUCUCUAGAUGACUGUGUUGAUUUCUGUCUCUUCCACUCAGAGAAGCCAUAUUGUGUAUAUAGAGACAAAACCAUAAAGACCCUCAGCUCAAAUCCUCCUCACUGUCACUCCAAUUAACCUAUUAACCCUAAAGCCAGUAGAAAAAGAUGGACACUUGUCCGUAGGAAUGAAAGCAACUUUGAAAUAUACAUUUUUAUUAUUGCAGUAUUAUAAAUAUCAUGUCUUACACUGAGAUACAGGUAAGAAUUGAUUAUACGGUUCAAAAUAGAUGGAGAAAGACCUCUCGUGUUUUUGUAUUGAGAUUUAAAAUGAUAAUGAUAAAAAGAAAUCCAAGUAUUCAUGAGUCAGCCAUACUUAAAGCACACUGUUGGGACAAAAGUAUGAAUAAUGUAGUCCCAGACAUUCCAUUAUAUAUAAGGGAAGAAAAUGCAAUGCAGACAGGAUGCUACUUCUGUUAUUUGGUGAUCAGAAGAUUGUUUGUUUAACUAAGUAUUAAUUAUAGUAUAUGCUGUAUGAGUGUUUGUGUAUGAAAGCCAUAUUCUUUUUUUCUUUUAUCGAUGAUUUUGUCACCAGAUAAAACGAGGGGAAGGAUGGUGUGAUUUUUUUUUUUUAUUGGAGGUACAAUAUCAUCCAAACACCUUUUCUAUUAUUCUCUAAAAAAUAAGAGAUAUUUCUGCAAAUGUUUUUAGGAGGGGAAAUGGUGCUGGACACAAGUGUUUGUCAUCAUUUAAACCUCUGUGUUUUUUUCUGAGCACUUACUGAAAUUUGUUCUGGUGUGAACUCAAAGCACUUCAUCACUUAGCACUCACUCACACAGUGUAGUAGAGGGGAUUAAUGGUCAUUGGAAAAAAGGCAGAUAAAUAAACAGACCGCCUGUGGUCGUUAAAAGACCACCAUGAGAGGUCAAUAAAAGUAACCUUAGAGUUAUGCUGAUUUUGGUUUCAGUUCAACUGAGUCAACUGGAAGUAAAGUUUUAAAUAGAAUUUCACUUUCUCACUCAUUGAAUGGAAUUAAUCUUAGGACUGAAAAAAAAAAA